GUUGGCGGCGGCGCGCGGGCGCGGUCCCCCCCGCCGCUUCUCGAAGGGGCCGGUGGCGGGGCUGGUAGCGCCGCCCGGCAGCACCGCCCGGCCUGGCGAGGGUGGCCCUUCCGGACCUGCGCGGGCGCGGCUGUCUGUCCCCGUCUCCUCCUACCGCCUCCCUUUCACCGCUUCUCGGUGCUGCGGCCGAGAGCCCUGCUGGCCCCCCGUGCCCCUGCUCUCGCCGCCAUGGGGAGCCCGCAAGGCAGCCCCGGGCAGGGCGGCCUCGGCCUGCUCGUCCUCUUCUUUCUUCUGCUUCUGUCGCCUGUGCGGGUACUUCCACAAUCAUGUGUCUGGUAUGGAGAAUGUGGAGUUGCUUCUGGAGACAAGAGAUACAACUGUGCUUAUGAUGGACCACCAAUAGCACUACCAGAGGAUGGCUAUGACUUAAUGCAGGAACUCUGUCCAGGUUUAUUCUUCGGCAAUGUUAGCACUUGCUGUGACGUUCGUCAGCUUCAGACUUUGAAAAACAACUUGCAGCUGCCUCUGCAGUUUCUCUCCAGAUGUCCGUCGUGUUUUUACAACUUGAUUAACCUCUUCUGUGAACUGACUUGCAGUCCAAAUCAGUCUGACUUUUUGAAUGUUACAAGCACCAUACCUUAUUAUGAUCCAAUUUUAAAAGAGAACAAAAGUAGCGUUACGGAACUGCAGUACUUUGUUGGAGAACGCUUUGCAAAUGCAAUGUAUAAUGCCUGUAAAGAUGUGGAGGCUCCAUCAAGUAAUGUUAAAGCACUGGGGCUGCUGUGUGGGAAGGAUGUCAAGGACUGCAAUGCAACCAACUGGAUUGAGUACAUGUUUAGUAAAGACAAUGGACAAACUCCUUUCAGCAUUAUUCCUAUCUUUUCAGAUGUUCUUGUCCAUGGAAUGAACCCUAUGAACAAUGCUACCAAAGGCUGUAAUGAGUCUGUGGAUGAUUCGACAGGACCAUGCAGCUGUCAGGACUGUUCAAUUGUUUGUGGUCCAAAACCUCAACCCCCUCCACUACCUGCUCCUUGGCUUUUGUUUGGUUUGGAUGCUGUGUAUGUCAUCAUGUGGAUCUCCUACAUGGGAUUUCUACUCAUAUUUUUUGCACUAGUUUUUGGAGUCUGGUGUUACAGGAGGCGGCACUUUGUCUCAGAGUACACACCAAUUGACAGCAAUAUAGCCUUUUCUGUGAAUUCCCAUCGUGACGAUGGGAAAAUUACCUGUGGUGAAAGGCUUGGGGAAAGGUUUGAGAAUGGCCUGAGGAUGACAUUCACAUCAUGGGGGGCUUUCUGUGUCAGAAAUCCACGUCCUGUUAUCCUCUUCUCUGUGGUCUUCGUUGCAAUGUGCUGCUCAGGCUUUGUAUAUGUUAAAGCAACUACGAACCCUGUAGAUCUCUGGUCAGCACCAAGCAGCCAAGCUCGCAAGGAGAAGGAGUACUUUGACACACGCUUUGGGCCUUUCUUUCGUACUGAGCAACUUAUUAUUCAAGCACCAAACAGCCGUCCAGACACCUAUUCACCUUACCCAUCAGGAGCAGAUGUACCUUUUGGGCCACCACUUACCAAAGAGAUUCUCCAUCAGGUGCUGAAUUUGCAGGAUGCUAUUGUCAACAUAACUGCUUCUUUUGACAAUGAGACUGUAAUGCUGAAAGACAUUUGCCUGGCUCCUCUUGCUCCCUACAACAACAACUGCACUAUACUGAGUGUACUCAACUACUUUCAGAACAGUCAUUCUGUUCUAGAUCACACUAUUGGGGAUGAGUUCUUUGUCUAUGCUGACUACCACACUCACUUCUUAUACUGUGUUCGGGCUCCAGCAUCACUGAAUGACACAAGCUUGCUUCACGAUCCUUGCUUAGGAACAUUUGGUGGACCUGUAUUUCCAUGGCUGGUGUUGGGAGGAUACGAUGAUGAUAAUUAUAAUAACGCUACAGCUCUUGUUAUUACUUUUCCUGUCAACAACUACUACAAUGACUCAAGAAAGCUAAUGAAAGCCUUGGCAUGGGAAAAAGAGUUUAUUAACUUUUUGAAGAACUAUGAUAAUCCAAACUUAACUAUAUCAUUUUCUGCUGAACGGAGUAUUGAAGAUGAGAUCAAUCGCGAAAGCAACAGCGAUAUUGGUACUGUGUUGAUAAGCUAUAUUGUAAUGUUUGUGUACAUCUCCAUAGCUUUGGGACAUAUCCAGAGCUGUAGAAGACUGCUGGUGGAUUCAAAGAUCUCCCUGGGCAUUGCAGGCAUCCUGAUUGUACUGAGCUCGGUGGCAUGUUCUAUAGGCAUCUUCAGCUACUUUGGAAUCCCGCUGACACUGAUUGUGAUAGAAGUAAUUCCCUUCUUGGUGCUGGCUAUUGGAGUGGAUAACAUUUUCAUUUUAGUCCAGACACUUCAGAGAGAUGAGCGCCUUCAAGGUGAAACUCUGGAUAAACAGAUUGGCAGAGUCUUGGGAGAUGUGGCACCCAGUAUGUUCCUCUCAUCUUUUUCGGAGACUGUAGCAUUCUUUCUUGGGACACUGUCUACGAUGCCAGCAGUUCGCACGUUCUCACUUUUUGCUGGAAUGGCUGUGCUCAUAGACUUUAUUCUUCAAGUCACGUGCUUUGUAAGUCUCCUGGGCUUGGAUAUUAAGCGUCAAGAGAGGAAUAGACUGGAUAUUUUGUGUUGCAUCAAAAGCAAUGAAGAAAUGAGUGGAGUCCAGUGUUCUGAGAGCAUCUUAUUUAUGGUCUUCAAAAAUCUGUAUUCUCCAUAUCUGCUUAAGGAUUGGAUGAGACCAAUAAUAAUAGCAGUGUUUGUAGGUGUUCUGUCAUUUAGUACAGCAGUUAUGCAUAAUGUUGAGAUUGGACUGGAUCAGUCUCUCUCAAUGCCAGAUGACUCCUAUGUAAUGGAUUACUUCAGCCAGAUCAGCAAGUACCUGCACACAGGUCCUCCUGUCUACUUUGUCCUAGAAGAAGGGCACAACUACACCUCUUUGGAAGGGCAGAACAUGGUGUGUGGUGGAAUGGGAUGUAAUAAUGAUUCACUUGUCCAGCAAGUCUUCAAUGCUGCAGAAAUUGGUAGCUACACAAGGAUAGGCUAUGCCCCAUCAUCCUGGAUUGAUGACUACUUUGACUGGGUGAAGCCACAGUCAUCCUGUUGCAGAGUCUACAAUACUACUGGACAGUUUUGCAAUGCUUCAGUCACUGAUCCAUCCUGCACUCGUUGUCGACCACUGACUCAAGAAGGCAAGCAGAGACCACAGGGCAAAGACUUCAUGACAUUUUUGCCAAUGUUCCUAUCGGACAACCCUAAUCCGAAAUGUGGCAAAGGAGGACAUGCUGCAUAUAACUCUGCUGUCAACUUUAUAAACAACAAAUCUGAUGUUGGAGCUACUUAUUUUAUGACUUACCAUACUGUACUGAAAAAGUCAUCUGACUUUAUUGAUGCUAUGAAGAAAGCUCGGGCUAUAGCAGAUAACAUUACUGAAACUAUGGGCAUCAAAGAGAAGAACUACCGGGUGUUUCCUUACAGUGUGUUUUAUGUCUUCUAUGAACAAUACUUGACAAUUGUGCAUGAUGCUAUCUUUAACCUCUGCAUCUCCUUGGGAUCAAUAUUUUUGGUGACAACUGUGCUGCUUGGUUUUGAAGUAUGGGCUGCUGUUAUAGUUUCAAUCACUAUUGCGAUGAUAAUCAUCAACAUGUUUGGAGUGAUGUGGCUCUGGGGCAUCAGCUUGAAUGCGGUUUCAUUAGUAAAUCUUGUCAUGAGUUGUGGUAUUGCUGUUGAAUUCUGCAGUCAUGUGACAAGAGCAUUCACUGUUAGUACCAAGGGCAGUCGAGUAGAACGUGCAGAAGAAGCCCUGUCUCACAUGGGCAGUUCAGUUUUCAGUGGUAUCACACUGACCAAAUUUGGAGGAAUUGUAGUACUGGCUUUUUCCAAAUCUCAAAUCUUCAAGGUAUUCUACUUUAGGAUGUAUCUAGCUAUGGUUCUGCUGGGAGCAACACAUGGACUAAUAUUUCUUCCAGUUCUGCUUAGUUACAUAGGCCCAUCAGUAAAUAAAGCUAAAACUCGUGCCACACAAGAGAGGACCAGAGGUACAGAACGGGAGAGACUCCUCUACUUCUAGUUUUUAACAGUGUUCAGUGGACUCAUGAACUGUGGUUUAGGUUUAGGCCCAGCUCUUAAGAACUGAAAUGCAGCAAUGUUCAAUGACUAUCACACUGUAACCACCACUGACUUGGCUCCUGCACAGAUUCAACUAGAAGAUAUCAGCUGCAGCUUUGGAUAUAGCUUUAAACUCAGGAAAUGCUACGUGUGGCUCAUGUAACAAUAUUACUAAAACUAGAUGUGUUAACAAGAUUACUAAAACACUUCUAUUUUCAAGAGGUUGCAUCUUUCUUCUAGAAACCUAAACCAGCUGUAUUAAGAGUUGAAUAGCUCUUUUCAUUGAAAACUGAGGUAAUGUGUAAGAGAACGGACAGCUAAACCACUGACACUAAUUUUAAAUGCAGGUCAAUGCAAUUUUUGUCUCUAUUUUUAGGGGGAAGCCAUCACAAGUUGUAAUAUUUUUAGAACUAUUUGCCAAAAUGUCUUGUAUAUACUUUAUUAUAAAAUAGCAAUUUUGUAGUUCAAAAAUCUACUUAAAUGCAAUAAAUUAAGUUUAUACAUUUCA